AUGGGUUCAUCUUAUGUGGUCUUUACUUGUCUCUUGAUCUUAUUCGUGACAAACACUGGCCUAGCUCAAAACACUAUACAAGACUAUCUUGCAGUCCACAAUGCAGCUAGAGCUCGUGUGGGUGUGGGUCCCAUGAGAUGGGACGAGAAAUUGGCCACCGAUGCUCGCAAUUAUGCUAAUAAAAUUAAAGGUCGAUGUCUAUUUCAGCAUUCAAAUGGUCCAUAUGGCGAGAACCUUGCCUUGGGUACCACCAUGACUGGCCAUCAGGCCGUAAAUUUGUGGGUGGCUGAGAGAAAAGAUUACAAUUACAGGUCGAAUUCGUGCUCGAGAACUUGUGGACACUACACACAGGUGGUGUGGCGCAAAUCAGUCCUACUUGGAUGUGCACGAGUGAGGUGCAACAAUGGCAACUGGUUCGUAAUUUGCAAUUAUGGUCCUCGGGGCAACAUUGUUGGACAACGUCCUUACUAG